AUGUCAUCAUUAUCUAUAGUAAAUCUGCAAUUAGCAGCAGACAAUUUAAAUUUCAUUGCCAUGAUGUUUAUUCGAUGUUAUUGUUAUAUUGUUAUACCACUUGGUACUGCAGGUCAUUUAAUGAGCAUUUAUGUCUUUACUCGCCGUACAUUACGAUCAAAUCCUUGUAGUAUGUAUUUUUUAGCAGCUACUAUUGUUGGUCUAGUUAAUACAUGUUAUACUUUACCAAUGAGAAUGAUUCAAUCUGCCUUUAUCGACACAGAUCCAGGUGCACAUUCUUCACUAUUUUGCAAAAUAAUAUGGUUUACAUUAUAUUCAAUAAGGGGAUUAUGUCCUUGGUUGAUUGUUUUAGCAUGUUGUGAUCGAUAUUUAUCUAGUUCCACAUCAAUCGGAAAACGAGCAUGGAGCAGUAUAUACGUAGCCAAACGAAUUAUACCAUUGACAAUAUUUAUAGGUUUUCUUGUUUAUAUUCAUGUACCUAUCUAUUUUGAUAUAGAUACAAUACCAGCUAUACAAAAACCUAUUUGCUCUCCUUCGGGUCGUCCAGGAACGUAUUCUAUUAUUUUAUCAUUUUUAAAUUUAAUCUAUUUUGGAUUAUCUCCAUCACUUUGUAUGCUUCUAUUUGGUAUACUAACAUUACAAAAUACUCAACGAUCGAAACGACUAGUUGCACGAUCAUCAACUAAUUCGGAAGAUAAAACGAAUCGAAACCAUUGGAAAAUCAAUAGACAUAUACUUCGAAUGUUAUUUCUACAAGUAUUAGUAUAUUCUGCAACAGGAUUAGCAUUUUCUAUUGCAAUGAUUUUAAUAUCAAUAAAUGCUAAUCAACCAAAAAAUGUAUUUCAAUUAGCUCAAGAUAAUAUGACUAUAGCAGCUAUUGGUAUGUUUUCAAAUAAUGGUCCUUGUUUAAGCUUCUAUUUAUUUACACUUUCAAGUACACUAUUUCGAAAAGAACUGAAGAAACUAUUCUGUCGACAUACAAGAGUUACUUAUAUAAAAUAUUAA